GUUUUACCUAACAUAAUAAUAUUAUUUGUCCUAUUAAUAUAUCAUAUGCGUGCACCGAAGGAACUUAUCAUUACAAAUCGUAACGUACAUCGAGGCUGUUCACUUUGAGUGGGUUAAUAAUAUUAAAAUACUAGUGAUAAUUUUCGUACACGUAUAAAAUAUUCUGUUUAAAUUUUUCAUUGCCUGAUUGUGAUACCUUUUAACCGUCGUGAAAAAGUGUGGUCCUACCACAUUUUCUCCUUUUAAAUUAGAUUACCUGGCGUGAUUAUCUACAAGUGAGGACAGAUUCCUCCCACAUCAAUGACUGCGAUGGGAAAUUCAAAAGCUGUAAAGACCAAGGUGAAGAAAGACGAAGAUUUCAUCCCCCCAGAUGGAGGAUGGGGUUGGAUGAUAGUCGUUGCUGCUGGAUUUUCUAACUUAUCAAUGCUCCCGAUGCUGCAACAGUUCGGCUUGCUGUUCCGGGACAAGUUCUCAAGGCUCGGCAUCAGCAGCUCGGAGACCACGACCAUCAUCAACAUGAACUCCGCUCUGACCUCUUGCGUCGGUUUGGCGAAUGGACCAGUAUUCAAGACAUUCAGCUAUCGUCAAGUUUCACUCACAGGAGCAAUAGUUGUAUUUGUUGCUUUGUUAUGUACAACGUUUUCCAAUAACUUUUCGACAUACCUGAUAUCCUUCUCGAUUUUAUACGGUGCUGGAUUUGGUAUAAGUAGUUCAGCAAAUGCUCUAGCACUAAAUACUUAUUGGAAAAAUAGGAGAAGACUAGCAACAGGCCUAUCAUGGACAACAACGGGUCUUGGACCUAUUAUAUGGCCGCAAAUAAUAACUGCACUUUUUGCUGCUUUCGGUGAAACAGGAACUUGUCUCAUUAUAAGUGGUUUUGCGAUACAUGCAAUUGCGUGUGCGCUUUUGUUACAACCUGUGGAAUGGCAUUCAAAGCCCUCAGGCUCAAAACCACAAGAUGAAGAGAAAUUGUUAACACGAGACAAUACAGCAUCUAGUCCGGUAAAUGAUAAGAAGAACGAAGACAGUGGUUACUUUAGUCAAGUAUCGAAAUUCAAGAAUCUUAGUGUAUUUUCAAGCCAAUAUCUAUAUAACGAAGAUGAUUUAAUAACUCCAGGCUACGAAAUAACAGACCCGGGAAUACCUAUGAUGGUUAGAGCCAAUGAUGGCUACUUUAGUCAAUCCAGACAAUCGAGAAGUCGAUUAUCUUCCAGAGAUGGUUCAGCAAAAACUUCUCGUCUUAAUUCCAAAAAGCCUUCAAUGUCAAAUUUAUUAGAAAAUCGAUCACGAAAAUCUUCAACUUUAUACCUUAAUGAAUCCAAAAAAAACUCCUCAGCUAACUUAGGUGCUCUUAAUCAAGAACGUGAUUUAAAACCAGUAAAUAAACCAAAACGUAAAACAUCAGUAACAGUCAAUGCUCAGAUCCCUGAAUCUGAAAUAGAAGAUUGCCCAACGCUAAAAGCUCCUCAAGAUUUAAAAGCUGAUGAAAAAGCUGCUGUAGAAACCAUUGACCCUCAAAAGGCUAAAUAUAUUGCAGAUAGAGCUGAAAAACAUUUAGCCGGCACAAAAAGUAUUAAAUCUUUUAAAAUGGAUGGGCAAUAUACUGAAAAAUACAAUAGAGAUAAUCAUAGCAAUAUUUCGUUCAAAGAUGACAUAGAAGAACGAAAAUACCUAAAAGAUAAUCAAAGUAAUCAGUCAUACCGAACAACAAGGCAAAGGCGAAAAUCCAAUAAUUUUAACUAUGAAAGUGAAGUUCUUAAGCAAGCUUCCUUAAAAUUAGAAGAAUAUUUAAAAGAGAGUGAAGAUAAAGCUGACAAAUUUAAACUAAUAGUAAAUGGUCCAUUAGAUGAUAAUGUAUUUGAAGAUGCUAAGGAAGAAAAAUGUGAGGAAGAAGAAGACCAAGAGAAAGAAUUAACUUUCUGUGAAAAAGUUGCUAUGUUUUUCGAUUUAGAUCUUUUAAAAGAUUUUACAUUUAUAAACCUAAUGUUGGGUAUCACUUUAGCAAAUUUUAAUGAAUUAAAUUUUUCAAUCUUGACGCCUUUUAUCCUUGGUGAUUAUGGAUUGACGAAGCCACAAGUAGCAUUUUUUAUGUCCCUCUUAGCUGGAGUAGAUAUUUGCGUUAGAUUUUGCAUACCAUUCGUCGCUGGCAAGAUUGGGUGGGAUAAUAAUUCCUUCUUUCUAUUUGGUGUCUUAUCUAUGGCUACAGGAAGAGUUGUUUUAGCCCACUGGCAAGAUUAUAGUGUAGUUCUCGUAGUUGCAGUAAUUAUAGGAUUUGGAAAAGGUCUACGAACCGUGUUCAUGGCACUUGUAAUACCCACACACGUGCCUCUACAUAAACUACCGGGAGCGUCUGGUAUGCAGUUAUUAACUGCUGGAAUUGCUUACUUGGCCUUAGGGCCUGUAGUAGGCUGGAUCAAAGAUAAUGCAUCAACCGCAGUAACGUUGCACUGUCUAAACAUCUUCACGUGGCUUACAGCGAUAUCGUGGGGUCUCGAAAAAUACUUCACCUCAAGAAGACAGAAAGACAAAAUUGAAAAUGACCCCAUCAAAGCGUGAAAAAUAUUGUAUACUUACUUAAUCAUCCGGCCUAAAGUAUUGAAUGAGAAGAAAAAAGAAGAAUGAAGUUUGGAAAACUUUAAUCAGGUGGCUGCUUGAUGGCUAUUUAUUUUGAAAACUUAACAAACUCAAUAUUAGAUCCAGAUUUCCAUUAUUCUAAUUUGUCGUCGUCAAGUGGAAAAUAUAUUGACUUUUAAAUAUUCCUCGCAGCUAAAUAUUCACUUUCGAAGUUUUAAAUGGAUAAUACCCGAAUAAACGGACCCUAUUAAUCAAUUAGGUGGCAUCAGAAGUCAACCGAGUUACUGAGGUCAAUACAGUCAGUAGCGGCCAUGCGUUUGUCGUGUCGUGGUAGCAUAAUGUAAAUUUUACUGUAUUAACUUAUCUCUAAGUAUGUAAAUAAUGUUAUAUAAAUGAUUAAUAAAUUGUUUAAGUGGU